UGUGUGUGUGUGUGUGUGUGUGUGUGUGUGUGUAUUUUCUCCUCCAGAGUUCCUCUGGUUCUCGUGUGACUUCGGCUACGGCAUAAGCCCCUCCCACUGUGCCUGGUCUCAGGACAUCCAGGCCUCUGAUUGGCUCUUCCACAGCACACAGGAAGUGGAGGACAGAGAGGAGGACACGCCCCUUUCACCUCACCUGCCCCGUCAGGAGCACUCAGGCGGUCAUGGAAUCUUCAUCUACCCCUCUCCCUCCUCCUCCUCCUCCUCUUCCUACGAAGACGAGAAGAGAGCAUCAGACUACAAAGAAACCUCAGCGAAAGACGAGCAAGAGCUAGAAGUCUCUCGUUUACUCAGUCCUACGCUCACAGCCCCAGUAGGAGCACUGUGCUUAGAGUUCCACUUCUAUUAUGACACGUCCAAACAUUCCGAUUCGCAGCAUUCCAAAGCGAAACAUUCCGCAACAAUGGGACUGCGUUCUAAAUCGAAAUGGAGACAUUCCGCAGCUAGGAACACGACUACAUUCCUCAGACUCAAGCUGAAGAGACUGCCAGAAGAAGAACAGAUCACGGCACAUGAUGGAGGAGAGCUGGUGGAUUAUGAAGGAGGGAUGAUGAUGAUGUUUGACGGGUUAGACGACAAGAGAGCGACAGAGGCACCCCUGUCAAUGGAUGUGAAAGGAGGAGAGGAGGAAGAAGAGGAGGAGGUUCUUCUGUGGGAGGUGACGGAGGACAAGAUGAGAUGGCUGCUGGAGAAGAGAGAGAAGGAUGGAGGGAUGAGGAAGGAGGAGGAGGAGGAGGAGGAGUGGAGGGAGGAGAGGGUGCUGCUGCCUCCGUCACAGAACGUCUCGUACCAGGUGGUGUUCGAAGGCUUGGGCUGGGUAGCGCUGGAUGACAUCAAGAUUGUGGACGGCAUCAGCCCGGAAGACUGUCAAGCCUCCACUCUCCUCCCUCACCUGGGCUCCACCCCCACAAGUCCCUCCUCGCACCCUGGUGCUUCCCAGGGACCAUCAGACCCUGUCAGCGCUUCAGAACCUCCUCCAGAGAGGGCCAGACCUGAUUGGACAGCCACGUCGUCAUCAUCGGAGACUUCUAGAACCCCCAACUCCACAGACUCGUCUCCUGGCAACGGAGGUGCAGGAGACGCAAGCCCAACUGGAGCAAGUUCUGGCCCGGAACACCCUACUGAUGGUGGAACAUCAGAGGAAUCUAGAACGCCUGGAGUUGAGGAUCGGGGUUCGGUUGAUCCCGCCCCUUCUCCCGAUAGUUCUAACCUGGACAACGCUCCCUCACCGGACGACUCGGAAAACUCAGACGACUCAGACUCGGUGGUCCGGUUUCCGGAUACGUCCUCGCCCGAUUCUUCGAGUCCCCUGAUGCCCAUAGACAAGGACGAUAUCGAUUCCAUUUCCAACACCGAUGGUGAUGAGUCCAAAACGCCAUUUGCCGACAACAAUGACAACGUUUCGGAUAAGAACUUCGAAGGAGGCGUAUCCUUUGACAACAGCAAUGAUGAUGGCGAUUAUGAAGAUGAUGAUGAUGAUGAUGAUUCGGACUCAGAUAAUAUUUCGGGUCGCAGCUCCACAACUCCGGUUCUGAGGACUCUGGACCCGAUUCUGAUCACCAUCAUUGCCAUGAGCGCGCUGGGAGUUCUGUUGGGUUCCGUGUGUGGGGUUCUGCUGUACUGCGCAUGCGGCACCGAAGAGGACGGCGAGGAUGGAACCGAGGAACAACCCAGUGAAGCCCAGAAGAGGGUUCUGCAGAACUACAACUUCGAACUCGUGAAGAAGAAAAAUAAGAAGAACGCGGCGAACACACAGCAGCUGCAGGAGAAAGACACAAUGAAGGAAUUCACAGAAGUGUAGCAAACACACAGUCAGGGGCUAUUUUUGUAGUUCAACAGCCACAUCUUAUAAUGGGUUUCAAUGGGAGAAAAGACUACAAACACGCAACAGUUGCAAGAGAAAGACCCGAAGAAGGACUUUACAGAGCUGUACCAGACACACACAGUUCAUACAAGUCACAGAAGUGUAGCAGACACAUACAG